AUGUCACCAUCACCAUUACCAUCGCUACCACGCACCAUGAUUUUAUGUUACUUCUUCCUUCUUUGUUUAUCCACCAUAACCAACCACAGCAUACAAUCUGUCAGUGCCUUUCACAAGACAACAACUGCUUCUUCACGACGAAUCAUCAACAAUGGACGAUUUAAUAAUGCUGCUGCUGCUGAUGAUGAUCAAUUGUUGUUGACAUCCACAACUUCGUCAACGGCAGAAGUUGACGAAUUCAGAUCUGAAAGAAGAACCGAUACAAGUGAAUCAUCAUCAUCAUCAUCAUCACCGUUGUCGAGAAGAGGCAUCGUUAGUGGUAUUUUGAAUCUCAAAGGGGGUUCUUCCACUGCUGCUUCUCCUGCUACGACGACUACGACUACUACCACAAGAACAAUCUUUCCACCUCCCAUUGACACUAUCAUUCCGUUUGUGCGAAACAAACAAGCAUCAGCAACGACAACCUCUGACUCUGAUACUUCCACUACUACUACUACUACUACCACUACUUCCUUGCAAACAUUUCUGAUCCAACACAAGACCACCCUCCUGACCAUGGUACUCAUGGGAUUCUCAGGAGUGGUCGAGGCCAUUUGUUACCGUCGUUUCAAAAUGUAUCCCAACAUGAUGACGGGGAAUACCAUCAAAGCCAUGGAUGCCAUCACUUCCUUAAAUUGGCAAGGGAUUCAAGUAUCCUUGGGGUUGAUUGGAUCCUACAUGAGUGGGGCCACACUUUACAAGUGUUUGGACCGGGCAAGGAUAUUCCAAAGCAGGAACAAUCAUCGUCGUAGUAUUCCCAACUUGGUGUGGUUGUCGGCCAUUAGUUUUCUCUUGUUUGGAUGGUCGGACGUUGUCGGUAUGACGUCUAACAUGGACGUUUUGCGACUCUUGCCCAUGGCCACUGCCUUUGGAAUGAUCAAUUGUGCGACGCAAGAAAUGACUGGUUUUGUCACCAAUGCGGCGACCGGGCAUUUGGGAAAGAUUGGAUUUGGAUUGGGGGAAUCUCUUGUCAUGAAUAUGCUUCCUCGGGCCGAUCAUGUUGUCGAUCAGAAGACCAUUCAGUAUGGAAUUACCAGUGCACUGACGAUUGGAUCCUUCAUCACGACUGUCAUCAUUACCAAUCUCAUUGGUUUGUGGCUAGAUGCCAAACAUUCAUGGGUGUAUUCACGAUUACCACCCUUGGGAUUGAGUUUGGGUGCUGCCUAUACCAUUUUGUUGACAAGCUACCACUACUUUUUCGAAAAGGACGUCGCAUGCAAAUGA